GUCGUCGACGUUUUAUUCACUUCGUACCUCGCUACCUUCUUUUCCACACCUCAUCGCACACGUCAACGAGGCGCUGACGGACGGAAACGCGCCAUUUCGCAUCCUCCACUUUUCAAACUACUACUACCACCACCUCGUCCAUAUACUCGCACCCACGUACAUAGACGCUGCCACCGCCUUGCCGCCUACCGUCCAUUGAUUGUCUGCUUGUAUAAUUCCCCGCCUGCUCUGCCAGAGGCAUGCGCGUUGAACGCCCGCUCGGCCCUCCUUCGUAUCCCCGCUGCCGCCGCUUUGUGCCUGUCGUCGUUCGGUCGCUUCCCACUUUAUUACAUCCCACCACCCGCGCACACAACUUUGUUUGAUCCUACGUCCGUCCACGCGUGCCCGCCUCGCCCCUCGCCCUUGUCCUUCUCUCGCCACAUUUUCUUCCUUGCUCCUCCUACUGCAGCAUCACAUCUAUAUCUGCUAUGCGCAGAUCUGGAAGACCUUCGGGCAGGGCCAAUGGCGGCGUCAUGGUCCCUGACCCUUUUGCUAUGGUUCGCGCCUACGAGUCCGACACCAACCCCAAUCGCCCCAUUCGCCCCUCGCCUUUGACUGCCUCCACCCUCCAAGGCCUUCCUCUCGAUUUGCUAGACCGCUUGCGCUCCUUUCCGCUAUUCCUUUCCGCCCCCGAUACUUUCCUCGCCGCAAUCGGCAUGCACCUGAAACCGCAACUAUAUCAGGCGCAUGAUACCAUCCUCACCGAAGGGGAGUCAGGGAAAGCCAUGUACUGGCUGGUUCGCGGCUCCGUGCGCGUCACUUCGCGCGAUGGGGAAAGCACCUAUGCCGAGCUGAAGCCUGGCGCCUUCUUUGGCGAAAUCGGUAUUCUGAUGAAUAUUCCCCGCACCGCCAACAUCAUUGCAAAUAUGCGCACUCUCGUGGUGCGGCUGAACAAGGAGGAUCUGGAAAAAGAGCUACCCAAGUUCCCCGACGUAGAGAGGGCCAUCAUGGACGAGGCCAAGGAGCGUCUCUCUAUCCUCAAACGCAAGAAACAGGAAGUGGGCAAGAUGCAGCCCGUGCUGGUCUCGCGUCCUAGCAAACGCACCAUUGAUCGCGUCGAGGGGGAUGUGGUCGUGCCAGAGCGGGGGUCGAUGCAAGACGGAGAAGUCGUCAGCUUAUACAAGAAACGGAAAUCUCCGAGUCCUGGUCUUGCCGAUGUCGCCGCAAUGAGCGUUUUCGGUAGUGGUAGUCUCAAUGUGAGACUUUUGCUCAAAGAACUGCCUCUUUUCUCUAGUCUGCCACCUGACAUCCUUCAUUUCAUCGGUCUCAACGCACAGCCUUGCUCCUUCCCUCCUUUCACCGACAUUAUUAAGCAGGGCACGUCUGGUCGUGAUGUCUAUUUCAUCGUCAAAGGCGAAGUUGAGGUGGUCAACUCGCAACAAUCCUUGGAGAACGGCGACGCCCACCCUCCAGUUCCGCAAAACGCAGUCAUGGACGUGGGUCGAAGAAAGUCGAUUGCUGCAGGCGAGCACACAUUCUCACAGGUUAAAGCGCGCCUGAAACCAGGCCAAUAUUUCGGAGAGGUGGCGAGUCUGUCGCUGGCUCCACGCCGUACCGCUACCGUGCGCUCUAUUGCCUCUGUGGAGUGCCUCAUGAUUAGUGGAGAUGUGCUAAACGAGUUGUGGGAAAGGUGCACCCCGGAUGUGCGGCGGCAAGUUGAAGAUACGGCGCAUCAGCGUCUUCGCGCUGCUAAAGACCCUAAAAACACUGCCGAUUCGAAGCAAGAUGGUGCGAUGAAAUUGGAUUCACUGGCCAUUGCUGACCGAAGUGUCGGUCCGCGUACGCCUAGGAAGAACAGCGUGCCGACCGUCACCUUCAGCGACACCCCCAGCACUCUGGAACCGUUGAUACUUGAACCUUUUACCCCGUCCAGACGAGAAGAGAAGAUGAUGGAACCCUUCGAUCCUGACCCGUUCCUCAAUCUUGAUCUCGACCACGUCCGAUCCAGAUCACGAAGAGGCUCCCUCGCGCCUCCUACCCCCGAAUCGCCCACAAGUGGUGGGUUCCCUAAGUCCCCGUCUCCCAGCAGUGCGCCGUUAUCUCCGUCUCCGCUUUCAAAGCAUACUUCGACCCCCCCAGAACUUCCCUUCGAGAUCAAGCGUCCCAAAGUGAUCCAAAGGCCGACUCGUUUCAGCAAAGGCAUCUUCCCUGAAGCCGUGUUGGUUGGAAUUUUCAAGAAUUUCGAUAUAUACGAGGUUAUGCAAUUACGUCUAGUCUGCACCCAUUGGAAACAGCUGAUGCACACCUCACCCGAUAUUCUGCACUUUCUCGAUCUUUCAAAAUACAAUCGCAAAGUCACCGACAAGAUAUUAUUGGAUGUGAUAUGCCCGUUUGUUGGAAAUCGUCCCAAAGAAGUUGAUAUCAGCAAUUGCUUUCACGUCACAGACGAAGGCUUCGGCGCCCUUGGCAGUACGUGCGGCCCAAGCGUGAAGAUCUGGCGCAUGAAGAGCGUAUGGGACAUAACUGGCCCUGCGGUGCUGGAAAUGGUGCAAAAAGCCAAAGGAAUGGAAGAGAUUGACCUGAGCAAUUGUCGUAAAGUAGGCGACAAUCUGCUCGCACGUGUCAUUGGAUGGGUCGUUCCUGAGCUGCCUCCCGCGAUGGUCAUGGAGCAAGCUCGUCAAGCACAGAUGGCGCAUCGCCGUUCAUUUGGUCAAAAGUCGGCCGGUGCGAAUGGCCAGCCCGUCCCGCAACCCCUUCCUCCGGGUACUGUUGUUGGAUGUCCAAAGCUUCGUCGCUUGACAUUGAGCUAUUGCAAACAUAUCACGGAUCGCUCCAUGGCGCACAUCGCCGUUCACGCUGCUAACCGCAUCGAGCAAAUGGAUUUGACUAGAUGUACCACCAUCACUGAUGUUGGAUUUCAACAUUGGAGUGUAUAUCCGUUUCCUCGGCUCACAAAAUUGGUGUUGGCGGACUGCACAUACUUGACGGACAACGCCAUAGUUUACCUGACAAAUGCGGCCAAGGGACUGAGGGAACUGGAUCUGUCAUUCUGCUGCGCUCUCUCCGACACCGCUACGGAAGUCCUCGCUCUUGGGCUUCCCGCUCUGACUCAUCUCAAUCUCGCGUUCUGUGGUUCAGCCGUGUCCGACACAUCUCUCCGCUGUAUAUCGCUCCACCUCCUCGAACUUCGCCAUCUCUCUGUCCGUGGCUGUGUGCGUGUCACCGGGACCGGCGUCGAAGCAGUUGUCGAGGGUUGCAGAGAUCUCGAGCUCUUUGAUGUCAGCCAGUGCAAGAACCUCGGCCGAUGGCUCGAAGCGGGCGGAGUGCAGAGCGUGCGCAGUCGAGGACGUAAAGUGGUAUUCGAAGUGGUUGCCGAUGGCAAAUGGCGGACGGGAAAAUCCUCUAAUGCUUGCCGAUGA